UCAUAUGAAUGUUAUGUUUUGUUUUUGAUGAAAACAGAAAGAAAACAGAACAGAACACAAAAUCAAACAGAACAAUUUGUAACAUAACAUCCACUCCCUCUCUAUCCUCCUCCUUUGUUCUUCUCUCUUUCUCUGUAUUUCCUUCCUUCAUUCAAUGGCUCCUGGUUCCAUUUCUGACCCUCCUUUCUCCUCCAAGAAGAAGAGGACUAAUGGCUCGGCGAAACUGAAGCAAAUCAAGCUUGAUGUUAGGCGCGAACAAUGGCUUUCUAGAGUUAAAAAGGGAUGCGAUGUUGACUCAACUGGAAGGGUUGAUAGUUAUCCAUCAGCUAAGCACAUUGCGAGCGAGGAGAAUCAACCAUCAUACAAGGAAAUCAGGAGAAAAGGAAGAGAGGAUGGUACAUGCAUCCAAGGCAAUGAUUCCGGAUCCAUAAUAAACAACUCUAUUCAAAGUAGUUAUAAUCACGAUGAAUCAAGGAAUGGUUUUAACGGAAGUAGAAGCAGCAGUACGAGUGCUUUUUCCUCAGGAAAUCUCACCGAGGAAGACGGAUGCCUUGAUGAUUGGGAGGCCGUUGCCGAUGCUUUAAACGCAAACAGUAACGAGCAUUCCAUGGUUUCAGAGUCUCCUAUAGAACAUACGAUUAAUUACGUUGAUUCAGAAGCCGCUAAGAAGGACUUCUCAAAGAAAGAGUUCAGUUCAGCAGUUUCAGAAUCACAUAUGAGCUGUCGAGCGUGGAAACCUGAUGACGCUCUUCGUCCGAGGUGUUUGCCCGACCUCUCAAAGCCGCAUAAUUCUCAAUUAAAUUCAAACUGGCACGGUAGCCACAAAAUUGUACCUUGGUCAUGGCGAACAAUAGUUUCUCAACCUAGUCAAUGUCCUAUCUGUUACGAGGAUUUAGACGUGACAGACUCCGAGUUUCUUCCUUGUUCGUGUGGAUUUCAUCUCUGCCUCUUUUGUCACAAAAAGAUCGUCGAGGCAGAUGGACGAUGUCCAGGAUGCAGAAAACUAUAUGAUCAUGUAGAUGGAACCGUUGGAUUUAAUAUAGAAACAAAUGAUUUUUAUAUGACUCAGUCGUGUCAUAUGAGUACAGGGUGCUAGGUCUUAAGAAAAAGACAGAAUGUGUUUAUGAGAAAAUCAUGUAAAUGUUUUCUGUUUUUCUUAUGACUUAAUGAUUAUGUCUUAAUCUACAGCUCCAUCCCCUUA